AUGUUUUCAGCUCAAAAAUGGGACCCACGUCGCCGCGGCCUCGAUGCUAAAUGGGCGGGAUUUGCAGUUCUGCAAGAAAUCCAGCGCACAGCCACCCCGAAUCCGCUGUCACUGCGCGGAGAUGACGAUGACAGCUAUGAGAUUAUACGAUUGUUGUUACUAGGAGCAGCAGAAUCAGGGAAGACGACCAUUUUGGAGCAGAUAAGAAUCAUGUUCAAGCAGCAUUUCACCGAGGCCGAGCUCUUCCACCGGAAAGCCUUCAUCUACAACACGAUCCUCCGAAACAUUCGCCAUUUGGUGCAGCGCACACGGCAGAUCGGGUUGCAGUACAGUAACCCGGAGAGUGAGGGCCUGGCCGACCUGAUCUUGAACCAGGGUGAGACGCAGUACGGCCACUUUACCGGCGAGGUCGAGAAUGCGAUUUGCCGGAUAUGGGCGGAUCCAGCCACCCAACAAGUCUACACCAAGCGAAGCGAGAUCAACCUCAACGACUCGAUCAAAUACUUCCUCGACAACUUCCAAGCUAUCAACAAAAUGGACUUCCGGCCAUCCCCAAAUGACUUGAUCAUGUCCUAUGUGCCGACGGUUGGCGUCCAGAAUAUCAUUUUCACCACCAACAAUCGGAGCUUUCAGCUGUUCGACAUGGGCGGCCAACGGAUCGAUCGAAGGAAAUGGGCCACGAUGUACGACGGCAUCGACACGAUAUUCUUCUGUCUGGCCAUCUCCGAGUAUGACCAGGUCAUGGACGAGGAUGGGGUUACGAAUCGGCUGACAGACGCUCUCUGCCUCCUCGAGAAAAUCGUCCAGGAGCCGAAAUUCUCAUCCAUUCCCAUUUUUCUGUUUCUUAACGAGGUGGACGUAUUCCGGGAAAAGUUGCCCGCUUUUCCGCUCGCUGACUAUUUGCCGGAAUAUGAUGGAUCGAGUAUAGACGAUGCCUUGGAUUUCAUCGAAAAGCUGGCGACCUCAAAGAUGGCCGGCCAUCAGGAGAAUUAUGUCUUUCGCACGGUCGCCAUCGACACGGACGAUAUGAGCAAGGUGCUGCACGACAUCUUCAAGAUAUUACUCAAGAAGAAGCGC